AUGGCAAACUCCCGAGGUCCAAUAGGCGUCCGCCCUCCGCAUUAUCUUGAUCGGGUCUUCGCUGAAGACGUUCGUCACAUCGGCCCUUUGUCGCAUGUUCAAUAUGUGGGAGAGGGGGCUGCCAAUGUCGUUUUCACAACAGUAUUACGUUCGCCCGGCGGGAGGCCAAACAAACGUGACGGAACCGAGGAGGACGUCAUAAGUCGAUACCUCCUCAGAGUGCCAAAGCAGCCAAAGAACCCUGAUAAGCCGUUCUUCAGUGCCGGGGUCCAGUUUUGCUACUUUCGCGAGAUGGUUCGGCCUCUCUUCGACAACCAAAAAGACCUGCUCGUGGACCACAUUAUGGGUCGCGUAUCAGAUGAUACUAUCGCGAACAUGCGCAAUCACCUAAAGGCUCUGGAUGUCGCACCGCCGAUGGCCCCAAGACGGCCUGCUAAGUUUGUUGGCGAUACAAUAUACUGCACCGACAACCUGGUCAUGCUCGUUGAAGACAUGCGCCCGAGAGACGGCCAACGCACUAUCGAAUUCAAGCCGAAAUGGCUAGCCCAAUCACCAUCGGCUCCGGGUGACGCCAACACAUGCCGGUGCUGCGCUCUUGCAUCCAAGAAGUAUUAUGACGCCAACAACCUCGAGAGCGAGGACGGCAGCAAAGUUAAGGCGAAGAGUAAAGUUGAGGACAAGGGCAAAGCCAAGGACGAAAGCAAAGCGACGGCCGACACCAAACCCAAAGAAACAAAAUACAGUCCUGACAACUACCCAUGCCCGCUUUGGCUCGACCCUCAACGAGACACUCCAUCAGGCAAGGAGGCUGUCCGCCGCAAGGCAAUCAAGCGACUUUUCAAAAACGACGAGCAUCAUGCACACCUAUACAGCCUAUUGAAACAGCUGCCCACCCUUUCAAUGUUGAAGCAAAACCAGCUUAACAAGGAUCCAUAUGGGCCUCUUCGCGCACGUAUUGACGACGCGAAUUUCUGUAUGGCCAUGACAUUGCGAGAUUGUUCCCUCUUCGUACGAUACUGCGAGGGGCAAGACGGCAAAGUGGUCAAGGAGUCCUUCGAGGCGAAGCUGGCCGAUCUUGACUGGAAGAACGCCGCGUGGAAAUUCGACGACUGGCAGGAUAAAGAGCGCGCCCUUGUUGAAGAAGGGUGGUAUACUGGCCGUGGCCAGAUGAAGAACUGCGCGCUGUACCGUUGA